UUUCAUUCUACGCAGCGUCACCAACCCUCUUCUCUUACCUCACAGACUCAGUUUAUACGCAAACCAAAGCAAAUUAGUAACAAACACAAAUGAUCAUUUAACUCGAUCGCUGUUGAAGGUUUUCAUGCUCACAUCGUCGUCAUCUUAAUUCCUAAUCCUGAUUGAAGAAGUAGAUCCAUCGUUGUUGCUGUUGGUCCUUUCAGUUAAAGCGCUGUAAAAUGGACAGCAAGAAGGUCAUCGUUUGCGACAAUGGCACUGGUUAUGUCAAGUGUGGUUUUGCUGGAGAGAAUUUUCCGACAUCGGUAUUUCCUUGUGUGGUGGGUAGGCCGAUGUUGAGAUACGAAGAAACUCUACUGGAACAAGAGUUGAAGGACAUUGUUGUUGGUGAAACCUGUUUGAAUUUGAGGCAUCAACUAGAUAUAUCUUAUCCCGUUAACAACGGCAUUGUGCAAAGGUGGGAUGACAUGGGUCAUGUUUGGGAUCAUGCUUUCUAUAAUGAACUCAAGGUUGAUCCAUCAGAAUGUAACAUUUUGCUCACAGAUCCGCCUCUCAAUCCUUCAAGAAACAGGGAAAAAAUGGUUGAGACUAUGUUUGAGAAGUACAAUUUUGCUGGUGUCUUCAUCCAGAUACAAGCUGUUUUAACAUUGUAUGCUCAAGGUUUACUUACUGGAUUAGUCAUUGACGCUGGCGAUGGUGUCACUCAUGUGGUUCCCGUUGUAGAUGGCUACUCAUUCCCUCAUCUUACAAAGCGUAUGAAUGUUGCUGGACGCCACAUAACAUCAUAUCUUGUUGAUUUACUGCUUAGGAGGGGUUAUGCAAUGAAUAAGAGUGCUGAUUUCGAGACUGUUAGAGAUAUCAAAGAGAAGCUGUGCUACAUUAGUUAUGAUUAUAAAAGAGAAUAUCAACUAGGACUUGAGACCACCAUCCUCGUUAAAAAUUAUACUCUGCCAGAUGGAAGGGUUAUCAAAGUUGGUACUGAACGCUUUCAGGCCCCAGAAGCUCUUUUUACUCCGGAACUCAUAGAUGUCGAAGGUGAUGGAAUUGCUGACAUGGUAUUCCACUGUAUUCAGGAAAUGGAUAUUGACAACCGUAUGAUGCUCUACCAGCAUAUAGUUUUGAGUGGAGGGAGCACAAUGUAUCCAGGAUUACCUAGUCGGCUAGAGAGAGAAAUCUUAGAUCGUUAUCUUGAAGUUGUCUUGAAAGGCAACAAAGUUGGAUUGAAGAAAUUGCGGUUGCGCAUUGAAGAUCCACCACGAAGGAAGCAUAUGGUGUACCUUGGGGGAGCGGUACUUGCAGGAAUCAUGAAGGAUGCACCUGAAUUUUGGAUUAGCAGACAAGAUUAUCUGGAGGAAGGAGUUGGUUGUCUAAGCAAGUGUGGUUAGGCAAAGGAAUCUGCCAAUUCAUUAUUACUCCUUGGCGUUAUCCAUAUUUAAGGAUCGUAUUACGACAGCAAUAUUUGAAGCAGAGAUCGAUUUCCACAGUUAAGGAGUGGAACAUUCCAAAGUCAAGUGACCACAAAUGCUUGUAGGAAUUAUGUGGUCACUACUCCUUUUCUACUUAUGUUGAUUAUUGUCGGUAUAACCUUUGAAUUGCUGUUCAACCAAGUAGAUAGAUCGAAAGUAACGAUGUUAGUGGUUAAGAAACGUUAGCCAAACCAGUUAUAUGUUCCAAGUCUCAGAGUGAAACAGAUAUCCAUGUGUUCGUUUGUGUUUAUUUGGAGCUGGAAUGUUCAGUUGGCUCAUGCCUUUUCACU